AAUCCCACCAACCACAAUGAUUAGACCAGGUAUGGGUGUAUUUUCACAAAUAGCGUCCGCGAUGACCACUAGAAGGAUACUUACUCCUCAUAGAUCCCUCUCUAACACGGCAAAAUUUCUCGUGUCCCAAACCCCAAAAAACCUUGCAUCUCCUAUAAACCUUGAUUUUAAUGGUGCUUUUAAAUCCAAGAAGAACGUUUCCAACAAGAUUGUAUUAUGGAAAUUGUACGGUCUUUUCAACAAACACAAUACCCAUUUGACUAUGGUGGCGGUGGAAGAAGAUCCCAACUUUUUGGAAAAGAAUCCAGACUUAUCGUACACUGAACAAGUGUUGUACUAUAUGCAAUUACCUCAUCAUCCUAAAAUCCACGUAUCAGCCGGGCAAUUGGGAUUCAAAAAGACCCAGAGAUCAGAAUACGAGGCGGCGUAUCAGGUGAGCUCAAGAAUGUUCAAGUUGAUCGAAGAACGAAAAUUAUUGAGUCCUAAUGAUAGGGUUGAAUUGGUGUUGAGGAACUUUGGUAAGGGAAGAGAAGCGUUUUUGGCAGCUUUGCAAGGGAAAGAAGGGUCUUCUGUCAAGGACCACAUUGUGAGAGUAUCAGACUCUACGAAAUUGAAGUUUGGAGGAACCAGAUCGAAGAAGUUGCGUCGUUUAUAGGUUUAUCAUGUACAUAUAUUAUUAUCCAUAAAGCUAAUAGAG